UCCUAUUAAAACUAUUGGUCUAGUCACCCCUCACCAAUAACAGUUCCUUACAAGUUUGACAAAAAACCAUUUUAAGUUUACAGGUUUUGAUUUCUGUUUGUUUUGAGAGAAACUGAGAGAAAAGAAAAGAUGGAGUGGAGAUGGAGAUGGAAUUACUGUUACAAGGAUGUUCUGCCAUUCACAGCUAUGGUGACAAUGGAGUGUGUAAACGUGGGGCUAAACACACUUUUCAAAGCAGCUACUAUGAAGGGCAUGAGCUACCAUGUUUUUAUUGUCUAUGCUUAUGCCAUAGCUGCUCUUGUUCUCCUUCCUGCUCCUUUCUUCUCCUACAGAUCAAGAGUGCUUCCUCCACUCAGCUUCCCUGUACUAUGCAAGAUUGGACUUCUAGGACUUAUAGGGGGUUCAUCUCAGAUCGUGGGGUAUACAGGCAUCAAUUAUAGCUCUCCAACUCUUGCUUCUGCAAUCAGCAGCCUCACACCAGCUUUUACCUUCAUCCUAGCUAUCAUUUUCAGAAUGGAGAAGCUAUAUUGGAAAAGAACAAGCAGUCAGGCUAAAGUCAUGGGCACCAUAAUAGCAAUUAUUGGUGCAUUUGUGGUGACUCUUUAUAGGGGCCCGGCAAUAGUCAUAGUCUCGUCGCGUUCCAUGUCACUUCAACAGCCUCUAAACUCGUCAAAAACAAAUUUGGUUUCUGGCGGACUUCACUCAGCAAGCCCGAAUUGGGUUAUCGGUGGUGCUUUUCUCACUGCUGAGUAUAUCCUGGUUCCACUCUGGUACAUUGUUCAGACACAAAUCAUGAAGGAGUAUCCGGCAGAACUAACUGUUGUCUUCUUUUACAAUUUAAGUGUUAGCUUCAUAGCUGCAAUUGUUGGUUUAGCUACAGAGAGGAAUGCAAGUGCCUGGAGAAUAAGGCCAGAUAUAGCAUUAGCCUCGGUUGUUUGCUCUGGACUCUUUGGUUCUUGCUUGAUCAAUGUCAUCCAUACAUGGGCUCUGCGCUUGAAGGGACCUGUUUUCGUGGCAAUGUUUAAGCCAUUGUCGAUUGCUAUUGCUGUUGCCAUGGGUGUCAUGUUCCUAGGUGUUGCUCUCCAUCUUGGGAGUCUCAUUGGAGCAACAAUAAUAUCGAUCGGAUUUUAUACAGUGAUGUGGGGAAAAGCAAAAGAAGAAAUGGCUGACGACUGUGGCAAUGGCACCACCAUGGAUCCACCAUCUUCCUACCAGGUCCCCCUGCUUCAAAGCUAUAAAAAUGAAGAGGUGUAGAAACAAACACAUACAUAUGAAUGCAAAAUCAAAUUCACAUAUGGAAAAUAGCAGCAGUCAGACCA